GCAACAAGAGCAAACUUAUUGAGCAAGGAAAGACUUGAUACACUACAACUAGAAUGGAGUGGCACUGAUGGGAAGGAAUCAGAAGUUCUUGAUGUGCUAAAACCACACAUAAACCUUAAAGAGCUCAUCAUUGAGGGUUAUAACGGUGUGGAAUUUCCAACAUGGAUUCGACAUCCUCUUUUCUCUAAAAUGACCCUUGUGGUGUUAGAGAAUUGUAAAGGCUGUCGCUUCCUGCCAGCACUUGGCCAAUUACCUUCUCUGAAAGAACUCUUUAUAAAAGGAAUGUCUGGUGUUGAUAGUGUUGGUCCUGAGUUUUAUGGGAAGUCUGAGGGCUUGCCUUUCCCAGUGUUAGAAACUCUUGAGUUCAAGGACAUGGAAGAUUGGAAGGAGUGGUUGCUUUGGCAAGGAAGUGGAGCUUUCCCUUGUCUGAAAAUGCUUUCCAUCUCCGCAUGCCCCAAGCUGAGAGGUAGCUUACCUGAGAAUAUUCAUGUAUUAUCAAAGCUUGUGAUUGAUGAUUGUCAGCGGUUGGUUGUUUCAACUACCAAUUAUGAACUGAUUCGCGAGUUAAACAUAUGUGGUUGUAAAUGGGCAGUGGAUACAAGUGGGGUUCAGCUAACGCAUGGAACUUUCAUGUAUUUCCGAGUUCAGAUUUGAGACAGAAGAAUUUCUGAGAGGAUUUACACAUCCGAAAAAUUUAAAGAUUACUGGUUGUGAGGAGCUGACAUCUUUAUGGAAAAGCAGGAAUAGAUGGCUGCAACAUCGUAUUGGCAACUCUCAGUCUCACUUUGUCCAAGAGUUGGUGUCACUUCAAGAACUGCACAUCAUUGGAUGCUCAAAUCUAAUAUCUUUCCCAGAGGUUGACUUGCCACCUAAUCUUAAACACUUGAAGAUCGAGUCAUGCAGUGACCUCGUACAUUUUACUACAUCUCAUAUGCCCCUAACUCUUAGAAGAAUAGAGAUUGGAGAUUGCUUGAAUCUUAAAUCAUUAGUGGCGGCAGAAGCUUCUUCGUCUUCCUCUUCUUCUUGUUUGAUAAAUGAGGAGGCCUCCUGUCUUGAGUACUUGAAGAUCUGGAAGUGUCCAUCUUUGACUUCCUUGUUGGACAGAAGCCAACUACCCAGGGCACUUGAACGUCUUUACUUAUGGGAUUGUGAACAACUGGAGUCAAUAACUAAUCAGUUCCAGGCCAACGCUUGUCUUGAAUGUGUUGAUAUACGGCGCUGUCCAAAUCUUAAAUCAUUACUGGAGUGCCUAUGCUAUCUCACCAAUCUUCAAAAGUUAUAUAUUUUUUCAGUGUGGAAGUCUAGUUUCCUUCCCGGAAGGGGGGUUGCCAAAUCCAGCCUCCAACCUGGCAGCCAUCUAUAUCUGGGACUUGAAACUGACAGCCCUCCCUGAAGGCAUGGUCCAGCACAACCUCAGCUCUCUUCAGAGUUUAACAAUUGCUUACUGUGAAGGUUUGGUGCCUGUUCUAGUACAGGGUUUUCCCUCAAACUUAACAGUACUCAAAAUAGUGGAUCCCAAGAGUUGUAAGCCACUCUCUGAGUGGGGAUUGCAGUUGAAGAAACUCGCCUCUCUAAAAGAGUUGUGGAUCUCUGGUGUUGAUCCAUAUCUGGUGUCCUUUCCACCAGAAAAUAUGGAGUUGAUGCUCCCUAAAUCUCUCAUUAGACUCGACAUCGCAAGCUUCCCAAGUCUAAGGCGGCUGUCCAGGAAGGCCCUUCAGUCCCUCACCUCUCUUGAAUAUCUUGAGGUUGCUGAUUGUCAAAAGCUAGCAUCCAUUCCAGAGAAGUAUCUGCCUCUUUCACUGGCAAGACUUCACAUAUAUGCAUGUCAGAGGCUAAAAGAAAGGUACAGUUGCAACACAUACCGGUCCAAGAUAGCUCACAUUCCUUGUGUACAUAUCGGGGACGAGUAUUUGAACCCACUGAAGAUUGACAGCUAACAUCUCCUUGCCCCUCAAGAUGGUCUGUUGCAUAUGAAAACCGGGUGCUGGAGCUGUUGCCACUGGAACUCUUCAACGGCAUUAGAGCAGAAGAAUGAAAGUGCAGUUGUUCAGACUCUUUACUUAUUUCACUUUUUUUGUUGGUGUAUGAUAUGAAUAAAGUGUUUCUGAAAUUUCGGAAGGCUUAUGUCAAAUAAAUGAUGUGGAACAUGUCACUUUUUUCCUUUGUUCUUGAUGUAACAUGAAGUCAAGAGACAUGUACAUAUUGCGGAACUCCUUUUAUUGCACAGUGCCUAGUGAGCUAUUUUAUGAAGUCAUGUGA